UAGAAUAUAUGAUAUUGAUUGCUAAGCCUUGGAGGGUUAUCAUACCCCGAAUCACUGAGUCGAGCCUUAGAUAUCGAGGUGGCCAUGCCCAAGGAAAAGUCGACUGUACUUGUUGCUGCAGCACCACCUCAACAACAACAGAACUUUCGAGAGAAAAGGAGGUGGGAAGGGGAUCGUGCCCCGAGUGAGAACAAGAGACCACAAUUUGCUUUGAAGCCACCGCAGAACGGUGGAAGGCAAACUGCUCCGAAUCAGAUGGUGGAGUACCGACCUAGGGCCCCUCCCUGUGCUAAGUGCUCGAAGAAUCAUCACGGGAAGUGUAAGGUUGGGACUAAUAAGUGCUUCAACUGUGGAAAGGGAGGACACUUCUCCAGAGAAUGCCCGGAUAGAAAUGCUGGAGUCAGAGGGAGACAGAACUAUCAAGGGCAGCGUCCGCAACUACGGGCACUUCAAGCUGAGCCAAGAGGAAAAGCAGUCCUACCUUCAGCCCCGCAACCCAAGCGGCAACUGCAACAGAGACUUCCUACCCAGGCCAGAGCUUUUGCACUGAGACAGAAGCAGCCAAAGACGGAGCCAGGGAACCAGGAGCAGGGCAAUCUGGCAGGGGCGUCUACGAACGUCAUCUAAGGCCAAGUUAAGGAAAUUUCGGAAGGAGCUUUUGCUUUGAGGUUGAACGUGGACGGGCAGACGACGGUGUUGGGAGUAAGAUUUUAAAUAAGUCUUUAGGUAGCCCAAGGUAGUGUGUCCUCAUACAUACUACUCUGUCUUGGACAUUUCCGCUGUAGUAAAACUUUGUAAUAAGAAUUUAUGAACCCAGGAAGUACUCUGAUGUUAUGUUGA